CCAUGCCACGCCCAACAUCAGGCACACACACGUCAGCUUAGGAGGCCCUAGAAAUGUCGAUCGAAUGGAAGGAAGAGGCAGCCAGGCAAGUGGGUGAAUGAGUGAAUGAGGGCGCCGGCGCAUGACAGCACACCAUGAGCAUGGGCAUGAGGAUGACCAUGGAUGGAUGCUGCGAGUGAGUCGAGGACGCGCAGCCUGCCUGUCGCACUCAAAUCAGGUGGUGCGACGGCAGACAGGCGACGGUCGCUCGGGAAAACUCUAGCGCACGACGCGACGCGCACACACAAACGACCGACCAUGCCUCUCUCUUAUUCUCGUUGUCUUCCUUCUUUCAUGUCAUGCGGCUGAAAAAUCCGCCCGCCUCCCGGCCCCCAACACAACAAAACCCAACAAGCCCACCAGGUGUCAUGCCAUGUCAUGUGAUGGAUGCCAUGAAAUGUAUGUCAUCGUUGUCACAAAGAGGGUAUGGUGUAGCUAGACGAAGAAGAAAGGGCUUACGAUUAGAUUGCGCACAUGACAUGAAACUGCGUCACAGCCAUGCAUGAGUAAGUGAGCGAGCAAGCACACACAGACAGACAGACAGCAAGUGAGAGAAGGAAGAGACUGACUGGUCAGUCAGUCGACUAUCGAUGGUGUGGAUGGAUGGAUAGAUGGAUGGAAUGACAUGCAUGGAAUGGAUGGAUCAAAAAAGGGCUCUCAAGUCAUUGGAAGCCCGGCUGCGCGUGCGCAUCUUUCCUCUGUGCACCAUCACCCAUCCUGCGCCAGUGACCAGCAGCCCCCUCUGGUGAGAGCAGCUGCCACUGACGCCAAGAUGGGCAAUGGCGCACGAGAGGUAGAUCGACACGCAACAACCACUCACAGCCAACAGUCAAGGCCAUUCAGGCAGGAACACUCAAACCUCUCAUCUCCGCCUGUCUUUCGCUUCAUGUGCCGGGUCUCUCUGUGCCGGUCGCCUCCUCCAACUCAACCUCAUCUGAUCACGAUGGUGUCACGUGACCAGCCAGAGGAUGGGCUGACGGGAAUGAUGGACACAGAGAGACGCACAAAGCGAUUGCUGCAAAACCCUCACUCAAGAGGGGCAAAAUGACACCAUUUCCACCACCACCACCAGCACCACCACCACCCCAUCAGCCAGCAGACGACGACCCGACCACUCGACAAGACGACAGACGACGCACGACGCACGACACACGACAACACACGACCGACCGACGACCGACAGCCAGACCCCCUCACCUCACCCAGCCCACUUCCCCCAUCCAUCCCAUCAGAGUGAACGCUGUCCGCGUUGGCUGUAACUAACGAGUGAUGCACACCACACACCUGCCAUACGACCACACACCACAUCACCACGCCGGCCGCACCACACCAAACAUGCAUGCCACACACAACACAACACAGACAGACACAGGGAGAUAGAAAUAUAAAGCCGGUCGGUCACACACCAGACCACCCUCCCGCGCAAAGAAGAAAGGAAGAAGGCAGGCAACGGGGCUCACUCGACAGGCGAACCACAGGCGCCGCGAUUGAAUUUCCCGCCUGCCUGCCUGUGCCACUCCACCCAGCAACCUGCUCUGAUGCAAUGCCGUCACACAACACCAGAGGCCGUUGCCGGGAGGAAUGGCAGGCAGGCUGGCGGCAAAACAAUCGCAGCCCAUGAUAGAACCGAUGCUCGUUGUCGGCCUGCCUGUCUGGUUGCAUCUGUCCAUUCAAAAAUCACUUGUAGAGUCUUUCUCUCUCAGAAUGAGCCAGGGGAGGGGAAAGGAACAAGCGAUCCAACCAACAGGCACACAGGACAAUGAAGAGAGGCUAGAGAGAAGGGCUGGGGGUGGGCCGGGGGCGGGUGGGGUGGCGCUUAAAGGAAGAAAGAUGCUCGCCACGCACAGGGUGGACGCGCCGACAACAAAUAGAUAGAUAGGUCAAGAAAGAAAGACGUGAGCGACCAACAAGGCAACUGACUAAACCAGCAAUCAAUCAAUCAAUCCAUCCACACAAACACACAGGCAGGUCGCGUCCUCCACGCCUCACCUCGCACCACACAGACACGCGCACACACACACACUUUUCUGUCUUUCCUCCGCUGCGCUCACACCCGUCGUCUCGCGUUUCCCGACGGGCAAAUCAUAGCUCUCCCCUCUCAGCCAGUAGCCAGCCCACCAGGCGCACACACACGUCCACGCAGCACAUGCACACAUUUUCACGCAUAUGCACACAUAACAUACACAGAUGGUCUCAACUCGCAGCCACAUGGUGGCCCGAGGAUCGAAAAAAGGGCUGCAUUUCUGCAUCCAUACUGCUUUCCUUGAUGCAUCUGAGCAGCCCUGCCCACGCCACACCCGCCACACCCACACGCAUAUGCACCACUUCACUCCAUCACAGACACCCACCGAUCCCAGCCAUCCGGCCGCCCAAAUGGAGCGAGCGGACCAGACAGAGAGACCGACGGGCAGACGGCGGCAGUGCACUGCGGCAGGAGCAGGUAGGUCAGUUGGCGGGGCCCUUGAAAAUUGCGCCUGCGAAAAACGCCUGGGAAGGGGAGGGAGGGGGUGGAUAUGUAUUGAUAUGUAUCGGUAUGGGCAGCCAUCCAUCCAUCCAUCCAUCCAGGCAGGCAGGCAGGCACCAGGCUACUGGCGCUGGACGACACGACACACACACACAUGAAGGCAUGUAGAGAGAGAGAGAGAUGAAGUAAGUGCGUGCGAUGAAUGCGAUGGAUGUCGGUAUGGCUUAUGGAUCCCUCAGGAAGAGAGCGAGGGCCAGGAAAAAGACGCACGGCUUUGUGGGGGAAUCAGCCGGCCGGAGCAACCAGACAUACACACGGACACGCAGGCAGCCACACAGACAGACAGACAGACAGACAGGCAGACAGACAGCAGGGCGGUCACACACCCUCCGAACAAAGUGGAGGUGCGACGCGCCCGCCCGACAGUCACUCACAGAGGAAGCCAUUGCAGCACCAUAGGAAUCACAGACAGACAGACAGACAGCCAGACGGACGGCCAGACAGGCGGACGAUACAAAUUAGCACCGCAGCGUACCACUCACACAACACAGCACAAGCAAGCAGACAGACAGACAGACGGACGGAAGGCCCCCACACUGCUGUUUGUUCUCAGUUACCUGGCUUAGUAUCUAUCGCCAGCCAAAGUGAGUAGUGAGUAGCGUAGCAGCCGAACCAGCCCAGCCCCCUCUCUCACCCCAUCCCUCACCCUUCCCACCCCCCCACCAUGAGCACGGACGCACGGACGCGACAGUCCCCCCCUCUGUGAGGCAUCGUCACGCCUCAGCAAGUAGGUCGAAAAAAGCGGGAUAGAGACCAUCCAUCCAUCCAUCCAUUACGCCAUGUUUGGCAUGAGCGGUGGUUGGUGCUGCCCGACGCGGCAGUCGGCCUGCCACUGGCAGUAGCCGCACCCACACGACUCGCCGCCGCACCGGCCGUAGAAGUCGUCCUCACCGCCCAGGCCUGGGCGGCCAACACUGCCACCGCCACCGCCACCAGCACGGCGCUUCCUGCACCAAACCAACACACGUAGAGAGACUGCCUGCGCGAAUGGUGGCGCGAGUGAAUGGCGCGGCGGCUCACUGACCGUUUGCUGGCCUCUGCCAUCUCUCUGAGCUGCUGCUGCUUGUUCUGUUUCUGCCGCAGGAACCGCUCCGAGAUGGCGACGGCCUCAUUCCAGAGGCCGCAGUGGACGGCCAUGCGCAGCAGCUGCGGGAUGGUGGCGCACUUGAGGCGCGCGAUACUACCGACACUGAUGUGAUGACAGACGCAACGGAUCACACACAUAGACAGACACAUGAAUGUGUGUGUGGUGGGUGGCUGGUGUCUGUGUGUGGGGAAGGGACUGACUGACUGACUGACUGACCUGCUCUUGAGGUUCUUGCAGGUCCGCAGCUUGUCGCUGAUGAGCGCCUUCAGCUCCGCCCUUCCCUGCUCACCCUACACACAACACAACACACAUGACAUCCAUCACACCCACAAGUGUGUGAAGUGCCGCUUGCCCAUUUCUAGUGUCGUCCGUCCCACUCACUCACCAGUGGCAGCUUCAUAUUCUCCUGGUAGGUCACAGUGCCCGUCGAGUCAGACACACACGGCGUCGCCACGGGCGGUGCCAUCCCCAUACCAACACCGCCCACACCCACACCCACGCUCAUAUGCAUGUCGCCGGCGUGUGUGGUGGUGGCGUGCGAUGCCGCCAGCACCGGCGCGCCAAACACACCCGACUGAGGCCGCACCUGGCGGCCCGCUGCGAUGGGCGAGAAGGAAGACGGCGGGUGGGACAUGACGAAUGGCGCCCGGCUGGGCGCCUGUGGCGAGAAUGGUGGCGUGUUGCUGGAAGGGCUGUAGCUGCCUGACGGGCUGGCGGGUGCGAUGGGCGGGAGGAAGAAUGGCGACUGGUUGUGGGUGCUGGUGUGGUUGUGGGUGCGGGGGAGUGUGUGCGGUGUGUAGGGUGCCACAGGCUGGUAGGGGAAGUGGUGGGGGAUGGGGUGGGGCAGCGGAGGGGCAGCCGCCCAGGUCGGCGUGGUGUACUGCACCUGGCUGCAGCCAUAUAUCCACAACGCAAGGAGAGCGAGACAAGGACAGGACAGGACCGAUGUGUGUGAUGUGGUUCUGUACGUCAGUUCUUUUGGUCUGUGUUUCGCAUCUGGUCUCAUCUCACCUGGCAGGUUGUGAGGGUGAGGAGGAUCCCCCUCUGUCGGAUCCCCCGUCGCUGCUCUCACUCUUGACCCGACCACCGCUGGAGUCCAGCCCCUGUGCAGGGGCAGCACCCACCCCCACCCCGCCCCACGCCUUGCCGGUCUCGUCUAUCACCUUCUCCAGAAUGCCGCGCAAGAUCUCGCACUCCUCCUCGCACACACGACGCUUCUUGGCCGCAGACGGACCCCCUCCGAGCUCACUGCUGCUGCCACUGGUGGUGGUGGUGGUGCCCUUCUCGGUUUUGAUGGCCUCCCUCUCGCGCUUCCGGUUGACGGCCUGCUCCUCGGAGCCCAGCACAUCAAGCCAUGACCGCUGCUCCGACGUGGUGGAGAGGUUGGACUCCUUCUUGGGGACGGCGAGGGGGAAGAGGGCCGAGAGGGUGGUGGUGGUGGUGGGCGGCGCUGGGGGGAGUGUGUGCUUGAUGCGAUUGGUGAGGAACGUCUCGUUGCCGGUGGCCAUGGCGUCGAUAAACGAGUUGCUCUCGAACUCGGUGAUGUCGAAAUCCAAAUCGUAGCCGAAACUGUCACACACACACACACACACAACACACAACACAAUAUCACCACAAUCACACAUCGUGAGAACACCUUGUCCCUCUUCUCCCGUGCUACGCUACCUGCCGUUGGAGAUGCGCCUGUCGAUGUCGAGGCCGUGGGCGUCGCACUUGACCACCGAGGGGUCGUGUGUGUUGUCGUCGGUCAUGCGGGAGUCGGCCGACGAGAGUGCCGGUGAGGCGGUGAGGGGGGCGUUGGCCGACUCGUUGGCCAUCUGGCUGUGGUGCACCUGCACCGCGACGCUCCUGAACACCAGAGACACAGUGAGACAUGCUGCCACUGCUCACCAACUCCUUGCUGGAGGGCUCCUUCGCCUACCAGUGGCCGGAGGCGUGGGCGAUUUUGAGCAGCUCAGCGGUCGAGCUGCGGAAGAGGACCUGCAGGAACCGUCCACAGCAGCAAAGUGACCCUCACAAGUGCCCGAGACAGAAUGUGCAAAGCCACGGCGCACUCACCACCCAGAUCUUUCUCGCCUGGCUGCCCUGCCCUCUCUCUGCCCGCCCUCCCCUGCCCUCCCACCUGCUGCAGGUUGUCGACGGUGGAGAGGUAGUCGUUGGUGGAUGCCGCCGACAGCAGAAAGUCGAUGAGCACGAACUUGCCAGCCGUGCCCAGAGACAGAUCAAUGCCGUCCUUGUAGUCGUGCUUGUCUGUGCAUUGUGGCACCGCACACACGAGCGGCGGGGUGGUGCCUGGCGUGGAUGGGGUGGUUGAUUCGGUGACGGUGGGUGCUGAGCCUUCACAGGCGGGCAUGAAAACACCGACAGAGAGAUGCGCUGGUGAGUCCAGGGGUGGGAGAUCCGCGACGCAGGGAUGCUAAGGAGCAGCAGGAGAGGCGCACACAGAGAG